GUGCAACAAUCAUCGAUGGCUGCAGCUUUAAGUGAUUCCAUACCCUCUGUAAACAAGGCUUGGGUGUACUCAGAAUAUGGACAGUCUGCAGAUGUUUUGAAAUUUGAUCCCAGUGUUGCUGUGCCUGAAAUAAAGGAAGACCAGGUGCUCAUCAAAGUGGUCGCUGCAUCUCUUAACCCAAUUGAUUUCAAGAGGAUGCUUGGGUAUUUCAAGGAGAUCGACUCUACUCCACAUACGGUUCCUGGGUAUGAUGUUGCUGGUGUGGUGGUGAAGGUGGGAAGGCAAGUGACGAAGUUUAAGGUGGGGGAUGAAGUAUAUGGGGAUCUCAAUGAGAAUGCUUUGGUGAACCCAAAAAAGUUUGGGUCGUUAGCAGAGUACACGACUGUGGAAGAAACAUUGUUGGCUGUGAAACCCGAAAAUCUGAGUUUUGCUGAGGCUGCUAGCCUCCCUGUGGCUAUUGAGACCGCCUAUGAAGGGCUCGAAGGAGCUGAAAUUUCAGCUGGUAAAUCCAUUCUUGUUUUAGGAGGUACUGGGGGUGUAGGAACCCAUGUUAUUCAGGUAUCAAAGCAUGUUUUUGGUGCUUCCAGAGUGGCAGCUACCACAAGCACUAAAAAACUGGAUUGGUUGAGGAGCUUGGGUGCUGAUCUUGCCAUUGAUUAUACGAAGGACAACUUCGAAGACCUGCCUGAAAAUUUUGAUGUAGUCUAUGAUGCAGUUGGGCAGUCGGAUAGGGCAAUGAAGGAGGUGGAAGAGAGGGGGAAGGUUGUGGCAGUGGUAGAUCCAAUAACACCACCAGCCUUCAUGUUUACGCUGACUUCUUCUGGGUCUAUCUUGGAGAAACUCAACCCUUACUUGGAGAGUGGGAAGGUGAAGGUGGUGAUUGAUCCCAAUGGCCCAUGUCCCUUUUCAAAGACCCUUGAAGCAUUUGCCUAUAUUGAAGCUAGUAGCAGAGCUAUAGGAAAGGUGGUUGUGUAUCCCAUCCCAUCCCCAUGAGAUACAGAGUUGAGUUUGGCAAGCGAGCAUGUGCGCACACACAUGUAAAUAUAUAUGAGAUCCUCAUAAAUAAAAUAAAAUAUGAAGAAGGGAAUGUGAGAAACAUAAGUUGGAGUUUAGUUA